AUGAGCUGCCUGCGGAAUGAGGAGUAUAGCGAUGUUUCCUGCGACACCUGCUGCUCCAUCGAAGAUCUGGAUUGCACGAAGAUUGACUCCGAGUGGGACUUCUACGCGUCGACCCUCUUCUUCAUUUGCCUCUGCUGCUGCUUCACGGCGCUGUGCGGUUUCACGGAAGUCCGCCGAAAAAAGAAAGGGAUAUCGUUCGCGCAGGCGUGGUCGGUGCCGCAAGCCAUGCCAAUCCUUCGGACGUGGCCGAGAAGAUCAGCCUCCAACUCUGACAUGAGCCAGGCAGGCGGCGAAGUCGGCACGCAGUGGGCCGCUCUGUCGGACGACGAGGAGGACUUGAAACGGUAUCCCGUGGCAGGCCUUGUGGAUGAUUCCGGCAUGGCCUUCGGCUUCGUAACCACCCUGCCGCAGACGCUCUUAAGCUCGGUAGCGACCUCGCUCGGGCAGACGGGCUCGCCGUCCCCACCGUCACCUCAGGAGCCCGAGCUAACCGUGUGGAUAUCAAGGGAAAACGAAGGGGCAUCCGCAUCGGCGCCAGCUCACCAUGGCAUUGGCGGCGGCGGCGGUAGUGCUGUGACUGGGGUGGAGGCCAACAGAUCAGAGGAAUCCAGCAGGGGGAGCAGCGGGGUGACAAGGGGAGCAGGGGGGAGGCAACAACGGGCGGUGGUGGUCGGGAACGAUUUGGAAGAGCCCUUGAUGUUGGACGGAGUUGGAACGGGACCUGGAAGAGGGGGAGGGGCGGCGGGAGGCACAGAGAGACGGCAAACAGACGGAGAAACUAGCGGCCGCGCGGCUGCGACAACAGGCACAUGAAAUAGCGACGAAGGGUAAUCCGUUUUCGUAGGUUGUGUCGAUGAUCCCGCAUGCAUUUACUAUCGUGCAGGAGAGCUAGUGUUGAGCGUUGGUUAGAUGACCAGGUUAAGGGUGAAAUGCCGUUCAUGUUAGAUUAUUAUGUUUGCGUUUUUGGAGAAACAUCUGCUGUGCACGUAGUCUCCUCUGUUAGUAUCAUCGUUCGAGUGCGCAUGACAGGUGUUGGCGAACCCAGGUCUGCAACGUGUAGAAGU